UUUACGCAGAGGGCAGUCUCACCUGCUGAAACGCACUUCACCAUUCAGCACAACAGAGCCAUUCUCUCGCGCUCACCUCCAAUUAAUAUCCGAGCCUGCGAGGUCAGCGCUUCCAUUUUUUUCUCGGCUUUGCUUUUGUUUUGAUCCAGAGGGCUAGGUUGUUUUUGCUCUGUCCCCCGCGUAUGGGUCGCCUCUGCCAGAGUGGGCGAACAAAGCGCAUCAAGUCUCUCCACAGAGCUGCCUUCUCUCUAAACCACGGAUUUUUGACUGUAAGUAAACUUCGCAGGAUAAUCGUUUGGCAUCGUCGGCGGGGCAUCCUAUAGGCUACCUCGUGUCUAAUUCGCUUGGAUCACAGAUCGCUCUAUUAAAGAUGGAUAGGCUAAGCUUUUUCUUCGCCAAGCGGAUAGUGGUUUAAUUUAGGAAGCAUCCACCGCUGGAGAAAACUGAAGCAAUGGCAUGAUUUUGGAUCGCACCCGACACGUUAUUGGUUCCCUGGGAGUUGGCUGCAUGUGUCGAUGCUUGAACACCAGAAAAUAGCUCCGUUCUGCAGCACAAACUCAAAUAUCUCCCUUUCUUUAGAUUAGAUAUAUGAAGAUAAUUAAUCCAUAUUCUCAUAAAACGCAGUGAGCAUCGUCAGUAAAUCAUGGAGCACACUGGGAUCGAGGAAGUCAGCCAGACACACCAGCAGCAGCAUGAACCCAUCAGCUUUGGGAUCGACCAGAUCCUGAACAGCUCGGAUCAGUCUAGCGGCUGCAUGCUGCCCAACCGGACCAGCGACCCGGAUUACGCGCUGGCCUCCAACGUCUACAGCAACGGCUACAACAGCGUGUACAACCCAGCCUGCUCCAUGGCGGCGGCGGCGGGCUUGGCCGGCUCCUACAACGUCAACAUGAACAUGAAUGUCAGCAUGAACAUGAACAUGAACGUUAACGUGAACUCCGGGAGUUCCAGCGGGGUGAUUCGGGUACCUGCGCACAGACCCAUGCCGCCUCCGCCACCGCCGCCCGCCGCCGCCGCUCCUCACCCGCCCCCUUCUACGCAUCCGCCGGGGAUCGGACCCGGAAUCCCCUCGGUGGCCGGGAUGGGGAUGGGGAACCCCGCGAACUUCACCUUUCCAUGGAUGGAGAGCAGUAGGAGGUUCGCAAAGGACAGACUGACAGGGGAGGAGGCAGAGGAGAGCCGGGCCGAGGAGGCCGCAGGGGGGCCAGAGGCUGCUGCGCCCCUCUGCCCUCUCCCCAAGGGAGACAUCGGCAGGGUCCCUGUCUGGAGCACUGUGGAGACAUUAGCCAAAUGCUAUUACCCCGAGCUGGCUCACCUGCGAGACAGCAAUGGCCUUCUAGCAGACUAUCCGUUUCCAAAGGGGGCCUGUCCAGCAGCCCUCUCACCCUUCUCCGUGACCCGUCGCAUUGGUCACCCGUACCAGAACCGGACACCGCCCAAAAGGAAAAAGCCUCGCACUUCCUUCAGCCGAGUGCAGAUCUGUGAGCUGGAAAAACGUUUUCACCGACAGAAGUACCUGGCAUCAGCUGAGCGUGCCACUUUGGCAAAGGCCCUAAAGAUGACGGAUGCCCAGGUUAAGACCUGGUUCCAGAACAGGAGGACAAAAUGGCGGAGACAGACUGCAGAGGAACGAGAAGCUGAGAGGCAGCAGGCCAAUCGGCUGAUGUUGCAGCUUCAGCAGGAGGCUUUCCAGAAGACGUUGAGCCAGCCGCUGCAGCCAGACCCCCUCUGCCUGCACAACUCCUCCCUCUACGCCCUGCAGAACCUGCAGCCAUGGGCAGAAGACAAUAAGCUGUCGGUCUAAAAGAGAAGAGGGCACUUCCCCCUAAGUGCCGGGAAACACAUGGACUCUUCUGUACAUGCUCAAGACUGUCCCUCCCCCCCUCCCCCCCAUUUGCCUCUGGAUCCCACUCGCAAGGUGGCAGAGACUUUCUGCUAAUAACAAAAAAUACUUUGCUUCUGAAUUUGUACAAUGUAGUAAAUGCAUGUUUCAGUCCUUUUCUGUGUGCACUUGGAGGAACCACAGAAAUCAGCUGCUGUCGAGGCGGAUCUCCUCCCUAUAGCUGCAGCCAUCACGGAUGCCUCCUUAUGUUAAAAUCAGAAGUGUUUUAUAUUAAAAGAUAUUGUGACUUUU